CAAAAUACACGUGUUCACUCUGUCUGUCUAUCUUUGACUACAACUGCAGUCAAUUACAGUGACUUUUUAUGAUGAUGAUGACGAUGAUGGUUGUCACUUUUAAGCCACAACUAACUUUGGCCUAAUAAACCUCUUGAAACAAACUGUUUUUUCAGAGACAGACAGAGAGAAGAGAUCAAAGAUUGAAGUUGGAUACUAUUUCUUGUGAUAGAGAUUGAAACUAUGGAGCGUUAUGAGAUCGUGAAAGAUAUCGGGUCAGGGAAUUUUGGUGUGGCCAAGCUGGUCAGAGAUAAAUUUACAAACGAGCUCUUAGCUGUUAAGUUCAUUGAGAGAGGGCAGAAGAUUGAUGAACAUGUGCAAAGGGAAAUCAUGAACCAUAGAUCAUUGAAGCAUCCCAAUAUUGUUAGAUUCAAAGAGGUUCUUCUUACACCUACUCAUCUAGCCAUAGUCAUGGAGUAUGCUGCAGGGGGAGAACUCUUUGAGCGCAUAUGCAAUGCUGGUAGAUUUAGUGAGGAUGAGGCUAGGUUUUUCUUUCAGCAAUUGAUAUCGGGAGUCAGUUACUGUCAUUCCAUGCAAAUAUGUCACAGAGAUCUUAAGCUUGAAAAUACUCUCCUGGAUGGCAGCACAGCACCACGCGUCAAAAUUUGCGAUUUUGGAUAUUCAAAGUCAUCUGUGUUCCAUUCUCAACCAAAAUCUACUGUAGGAACACCAGCUUACAUUGCCCCUGAGGUUCUAUCUAAGAAAGAAUAUGAUGGGAAAAUUGCAGAUGUUUGGUCAUGUGGGGUCACCUUAUAUGUCAUGCUAGUUGGGGCAUAUCCCUUUGAAGAUCCUGAUGACCCAAAAAACUUUAGAAAGACAAUUGGGAGAAUACUCGGUGUCCACUACUCAAUUCCUGAUUAUGUCCGAGUUUCAGUGGAGUGCAAACAUCUUUUAUCUUGGAUUUUUGUGGCAAAUCCCGAAAAGAGAAUGACUAUGGCAGAAAUUAGAAGCCACCCUUGGUUCUUAAAGAACUUGCCUAUCGAACUGAUGGAAGGGGGAAGCUGGCAGAGCCAUGAUGUAAAUAACCCUUCCCAAACCAUGGAAGAAGUACAGUCUAUAAUACAGCAGGCCAUGAAAACAGCUGAGGUCCCCAAGGUAGGGGGGCUUUUCAUGGGAGGAAGCAUGGAUCUUGAUGAUAUAGAUAACGAUGUAGAUCUUGAAGAUGUAGAGACAAGUGGUGAUUUUGUGUGCCCACUGUGAACAAAAAUUGUACAAAUAGACCUCAUUGUCACGACCUAUUGUUUAUACAAUCAUCAACCUCAGAAUUUUGUUAAUGAAUGAUUGAAGAAUUUUCUGUUCAAUCUUUGUCAUGCCAUUUGGUUCAUUGGAUGGGAGACCGUUUUCAAUUACUUUAUUAUUAACUUAUUACAAUAUUAUCAUGGAUUUGUACAGCUGUGGAGGUUAGAAUCAGCACAAUAAUUGUAUAGAGCUUACAAUUGUUGACAUUCAGAGCAUGAUUUAGUCGGCCUAGAUACUUCACAAAAUAAAUGUAGUUUUUGUUUUUUCUGUUAACAAGCUUUCUUGAUCUUUAAUUAAAGUGCAGCACCAUGAUUGAUCUCUCUUGUUUUUUUUCUUCCGAUCAUCCUUAUGCAUUUUUGUUUUAGCAAAAGAAUCCGUAAUUAAAGAUAAGAGAAAGGAUGACAUAUACUGAGAUUAUUUAAGAUUUACUGGAUACUAUCUCUUAAGGAUGGUUGCCUAGGCCUUUCGUUCCAUCGUUAUGCUCUUUGAUCGUUCUGUGAUUGAUAAAAACAAAAAUCAUUUGAAGUUCAGGGUAAUUAAUUUCUUGCUGUCCUUUAAAUUGAAAAAUGUCCGUUCAUUGGUGUCCUCUUUGACUGAUCAGGAAAAAAACAUAAUCAUUAUUAUUUUCAGUGCGAACCUUUUGAUACAACUUCGUAGUCUAUUCUUUUUGGUAGGGACCUUAUGUUCUGAACUGAAAUGCAGUAUUAUUUGUGCCCUGUAGAUUUUAGUUUGAUGAAGCCAGCUAUCUCUUCAUCAAUUGAAAUUAAAAUUGAAGCCUUUUAUUAUUAUUUUCUUCAUUCAACAAGACAUACCACUUUAAUCAAAUUACAGUCUAAACUGUAAUUUGGUUUUUGAAUUGAUGCAGUCUCCUUAUUACUUAUGCAACAUAACAUAUUUUAUAAUACCGGUUUUUCUGUAUUGCAGGAAAGAAAGCCAGUAAAGCUCCCAAGAUUCAGAGAUUGGUUACUCCAUAAACUUUGCAGAGGAAGACAGCAAGAAUUACUGAGAAAAAGAAGAGAAUUGCAAAGGCAAAAGGCAGAUGCUGCUUGCUGAGCAUCAGAAGCACCUUGCACAGAGAUUGAAGGAACAGAGAGAACCACGUAGUGAAAGUUUAGCAAAGAAAAGAUCCAGGCUUUCUGCUGCUUCUAAGCUUCGGUUCCUGCUCAAGUCAGCUCACCUUACUAACAAUCAGAUGAUGAUAGCAAGUUGAAAGAAAAAAAAAAAAAAA